GAGCAGACUUUAUGUUUUGAGAUAUUUUCCAAGCUAUAUCCAUUUUAAAGCAACUAAAUCAGAAGUUCUAUGAAAAUAAGGAGAAAAAAUCCUUGCUGGAUGAUGAAUCAGAAAAUCCAAUUAUUCUCCAACUCACUAUGAAAAAAAUUCCACCCCCAUAUAUGCAAAAGUUUAUCAAAGUUCAUUUGCCAAAAUCCACACUAAAUGAAACAAAAGAGGUUUGUUUAAUCACUGGUGACCUUGAUAAGCGUAAUACAAAGGCAGAAGUAGAACCUGAUGUGCUACACUUCAAAGAACUUUUGAAAAGUCAACAUAUAUCUCAAAUCAAUGAGGUAAUAACAUUAAGGCAACUGAGGAAGGAGUAUAAACCUUAUGAAGCAAGACGUCAGCUUUGUGGGGCUUAUGAUGUCUUCUUGUGUGACAAAAAAAUCGCUGGUGUUCUACCUUCAACACUUGGCAAAUCUUUCUUCAAAAAACGAAAGUUUCCUAUUCAGAUUAACAUGCAAACACCAAACCUUAAAGAGCAAAUUGAGAAUGCUCUUUCUUCAACUGUUUUUCAUAUCACAUGCAAGGGAAAUUCCUGUGCUUCUGAAGUGGCUGAUCUUUCAAUGAAGGAAGAUGACAUUUUAUUGAAUAUUAUGUCAUCCAUUGAAGCUCUGAAAGAACAGUUGCCUGGUCAGUGGGAUAAUGUUUUAGGCAUUUAUGUGAAAACACCAAAAUCAAAAGCCAUUCCUCUCUUCAUGUCUAAUGAUGACCCAAAUGAGUUCAACUUUACAAAUAAGAGGCCACGAGCUGAACCUGUUUCUGGAGAAUUAAGUACUUUAGACGACGCAGAUGUGAAGGUAUUCAGAGAUGGUAGGGUUUUUGUGAAAAAUAAUAAAUAUAAAGAAGAAGACAUUGAGACUUUAUCAGAAGAAACUGGUUCAAAUGAUGAGAUGAAAGAAAAAGAACCUGCAUCUGAUGAUGAAGUAGUCGAUAAUGACGCAGAAAUGGUUAGAAAAUAUGAAAAGAAAAGUAAAAAACGUCAAACUAAGUCGGACUCCAAUGAGGAAAGUUCCGCAGAUGAACUUAAAGAAGAAAUUACUGAAGAUCCCGGUGUUCAGACACCUGAAAAGAAAAAUAAGAAACGAAAACCUAAUUCUAAAUUUAAUGUAGAAAGCGAUGACGCAGAAAUGGUUCGAAAAUAUGAAAAGAAAAGUAAAAAACGUCAAACUAAGUCGGACUCCAAUGAGGAAAGUUCUGUAGAUGAAGUAAAAGAAGAAAUUACUGAAGAUCCUGUAGUUCAGAGACCUGAAAAGAAAAAUAAGAAACGAAAACCUAAUUCUAAAUUUAAUGUAGAAAGCGAUGAAGUUAAAAUAGAAGAAGAAAAUAAUAAAAAUUCUACUGUUAAAAUAAAGAAAAGUAAAUCUAAAAAGAUGAAAAAUUGAAACUGAAUCUUCCAGAUAAAUAAACUUCUUUUAUUUGUACAUUUCAUGAAAACAUUACUGGUUAUUGUAAUAAAAUUUUCCUUAAUGGUCUA